UUCAAACAAUCGGCUCCUCUCCACCAGAGGUGGAUGAAUAAUGCAAAUCAAACGGGUGGCAUACACCCCCAGGACAGCCUGUGGACUCAAAGGUGCUUCCCGCUGUACCCCACACGCUCUGUGAGCUAUUUUCGGAUGAGCGCAUCGCUAACGAAAGUUGUCAUGUCACGUAGCUACCAUGACCAAUCAACUCGUAUCAAAGUAAAUGAUUUUAUCGCCUAUGAAGACCGCAUUCGUGCGUAUUCCACACCGGAUAAAAUAUUUCGCUAUUUCGCUACAUUGAAAGUGGUGGACGAGGAUGGUGAAACAAUUUACAUGACUCCGGAUGAUUUUGUACGAGCGAUUACUCCAGGAGUGAAGCAGCCAGACGGAUUAGAUCUGGACUGUUUUAAACGGUAUGAUCCAAAAGUGAACUUUCAACAGCAAGUUACCGGAAUUCCCAGCCAAAGAAUUUUCAUUGUUUUGCACUUCUUAUUGGCUUCCUGUUGU